GGGCUCAUUUUACUGUUGGCAGUAGGAGAGCACGUUGUGAGGUUUUCGCUGUGAUCAUGUCGGCCUUACGAGGCAACGUCGCUACACUCGGCUUGGUGUCCGUGUUUAUUAUUGCAGUCUCCGCAUCGGUGACAGAGAAGCUCUUACAGGUGUCACUGUUCCGAGUCGGUGAAUUAUGGAUAAGCGCAUGUACCGCUUUCAUGUCUAGUCUGGUGUCGUUGAUCACCACAGUGCCAGAUUUCACGUGUUGGAAUACCUAUUUGUAUCUAUCACUAACAUGUGCAGUAGGAUAUUUCGGAUAUAAAAUUCUCUUCACGCCUUUGAACCGGGUACGUAAGUUGGGCGAUGUCGGGUAUGUACCCGAGGGAAGCUGGAACAAGAAGGAGGUGGCGAAUAUGGUCAGGAAGCGACGCCAGGUGGGGGAGAUCCCCCCGGUGUACCCCAACGGGUGGUUCGGACUGAUGGAAUCCUGGAAAGUCCAAGUGAAGGAGGCUGUCAAUGUGAGCGUUCUCGGGUUGGACUUGGCCGUAUUCCGUGACGAGAAGGGGGAGGUGCACGCCCUCAACGCCUACUGCCCCCACAUGGGGGCCAACCUGGCGGCGGGGGGUCGGGUGUUCGGGGACAAUCUAGAGUGCCCCUACCACGCCUGGCGGUUCCGGGGGGACGACGGGAAGUGUACGCACAUCCCCUACACCGACAAGAUUCCUGACAUCGCCAAGGUGAAGUCGUGGCCGGUGACGGAAUUGAAUGGAUGGAUUUACCUGUGGCACCACGCCGAGGGCAUUGACCCUGCAUGGAUGUUGCCGGAGUUGGAGGAGAUUUCUAACGGGUCUUGGACGUACCGGGGCCGGAGCGAGCACAUCAUCAAUGCUCACAUUGAGGAGAUCCCUGAGAAUGGUGCGGACGUGGUGCAUCUUGGUCAGGUGCACGGGUCGUUCAUCGGUGCUGGCAUAGACCUGCGUCACAUGUGGAACAAAUUGUGGGGUUUCGCUAAACACGAGUGGAACGCCGAUUGGCAGGCGUUGCCAUCCCCAGAUGGCCACAUCGGUCAGAUCAAGCUGCAGCACAGCAUCAACAUGUUCGGCAUCCACAUCCCUCCCGUCGACCUGAACAUCAGCGCCCAACAGAUCGGCCCGGGGGUGGUGUACCUUGAGUUCACCAGCAUGUUCGGAAAGGGUGUCUUUAUUCAGAGCCUCACCCCUGUCGAGCCCAUGGUCCAGAAGCUCGUCCACAACAUCUAUGUGCACUGGACCAUGCCCACAUUCAUCGCCAAGUUCUUCAUGUUCGGGGAGGCCAUACAGGUUGAGCGAGAUGUCAUGAUAUGGAACAACAAGCGGUAUGAAGGAAGACCCAUGUUCGUGAAAUCCAAGGAGGACUCGCUUAUCGCCAAGCACAGAAGAUGGUAUUCUCAGUUCUACUCCAAAAACAGUCGUCGGCUCAUAUUCCAGAAGGAGAAUUUGGACUGGUGAAAGAUACUUCCACAGUUGCCCCACAGUUGACUAUGACAGUCAUCAUCAUGAUCAUCAUCGUGCGUUGAAGCAAACGCAGACCUUUCUAAGGGAGUUGGUGACAUUCGGAUUCGGAUCUCUACAAAUGAAGUGGAAACGUUGGUAAUUUUCCGAUUUAGAAAAAUAUUCAAGUGAUGUGGAGGAGUUGGUAACUUUCGGAUUCGGAUCAGUAUGAAUGCAAGUGAUGUCGACGAGUUAAUAAUUUUGGAUUCGGAUCAAUAUCAGUACAAGUGAUGUCCAGGAGUUCGUAAUUUUGGAUCCGGAUCAAUACACGUGAUGUCGACGAGUUAGUAAUUUGGGAUUCGGAUCAAUACACGUGAUGUCGACGAGUAAGUAAUUGUUCAUUUGGAUCAGUACAAGUGAUGUCGAGGAGUUCGUAAUUUUCAAUACAGGUGAAGCUGGGGAGUCGGUAGUUUUCGGCUCAAUACAAGUAGCUCGGGUGUCCUGGAAUUGUGACAUCUGAGGAACAGGAAAACACCGAGAUAAUACAAGUGUCCAGAUAGCGAAUCUGAAAGGAACAAUAACGUUAGUUCGAGACAACAGGUUGAGUGAGUUGAUAUUCAAACGAUGUUGAUUCCUUGAUAUACUGUUAUCGAUUGCGAGUAUUACUGGUUUCUGCUUCAAUGGCCUCGCUGUGAUAGGUCAGGGUUCAGUAUUAGGGCAGUGUGUGGAGCUAUAGUUAUUGUGCUUCCGGCUUGUCGUAGUCAAGUUAUAGUUUUAAAUACAUAAAACAAGGUUUAUUGAAAUGGUGAAAAUGUCACCCUUGCAUUUUCAUUUACAUGCAAAUAUAUUUGGAAUAUAUUAAGAUGGUGGACUUAAGUUUGUCGCCAACUUUCUGUAAUCCGAAGUUCUGUACCUGCUGUUUGUGUCCAUGUCACGACGGAGGUCAGUUGGUCAGUUGGUCUCUCGGCGUUUCAGGUAAAUUGUCUUACAGCGACUGACCACCAAACACAACCUUUGUCAUCUGCUCACAGUCGCACCUUUUUAAACUGUCAACUGGACACCGUAAAUAUAUUCGUCUAUUGCUGGUAUGACGUAAUGACAGAAAGUGGUCGAUGACGUCAUGCGUGUAGUGAACAAUAGCUUUGAAACAAAAGAAUAGUGAUUGUCGAUCUCAAAUUAACGCUGCGAGUUGUGUGUGAUGGUAUUUAUGUAACCUUCAAGCAGUUUCAAUGCAUCUCUGAUCUUUCGACGUCCCUCAAAGUGCCAAGAUUGUAUAAGACAAAAUGAAAUAUUCUUUAUUGGCGAGAUUGGUUUGUGAGAAUGUGAGUAUGUAUUAUUAUUUACAAAUCAAAACCAUGUGUGAAUGCCAGGAAACAUGUGAAUGACUGUCUGACAGCGUGCUGAGUUUUAAUGGUGUUGAGAUAAUCGUAAAAUCUUACGUGUUAAGUAGAGAAAUCCUUUCGAGUCGUGUUUGCACAUAGGCUAGGCCAUUGUAUCCACUGGCGUUAUGGCUGAUAUUCAGAUAUGGCUGAAUGGUAUAUUUAUUUUACAUGUGUAUAUAAUGUUAAUGUAUAUAGCGAUGCAUGUGAAAUAUUUAUAUUUAUGUGACAAGCACUCUGUUUCACUUCUUAUCUUAACAGUCGACAUUUGGCCAGACAUUCCAAACGUGUAUCGGUGGUGCAGUUUCAUAUUUAGGAUGUUGUCGCCAAUUAUCCUUGAACGUGAAGUGUAUGUACAAGUGCAUUGUGUUAAUAUACCGUGAAGAGUGUUAAGCUAAACAUGGCGGAGUCGCGAUGUCCACCGUUAGUUUCAUCACUCGAGGUCUAUGUCCACCAUUAGUUUCAUCACUCGAGGUCUAUGUCCACCCUCAGAUUCAUCACUCGACGACUGUGUCCACCAUUAGUUUCAUCACUCGAGGUCUAUGUCCACCCUUAGAUUCAACCCUCGACGCCUGUGUCCACCAUGGUCCAUGUCCUCCAUUAGUUUCAUCACUCGAGAUCUAUGUCCUACAUUAGUUUCAUCACUCGAGGUCCAUAGCCACCUUUAGUUUCAUCACUCGAGGUCCAUGGCCACCUUUAGUUUCAUCAAUCGAGGUGUAUGUCCACCGUUAGUUUCAUCACUCGAGGUCUAUGUCGACCAUUAGUUUCAUUACUCGAGGUCUAUGUCUACCGUUAGUUUCAUCACUCGAGGUCUAUGUCCACCAUUAGUUUCAUCACUCGGGGUCUAUGGACAACAUUAAUUUAUUUCACUCGAGGUCUCUGUCCACAAUGGCUUCAUCACUCGAGGUCUUUGUCCCCGAUUAGUUUCAUCACUCGAGGUCUUUGACCCCCAACAGAUUCAUUACUGCAGUGGUCUAUCUGGACUAUCGUACCAAGAACAUAUGUUAAUUUAUUUCCUGUGCAAUUUGUUACGCUUCCUGAACAUAACAUUUCUGCCAUAUAGUAUUAUUACUCAACGUUCGCCGCUCGUAUCAGUUAAGGUCAGGUCACCACUGCACAGGUUGUGUCAUACAUAAACUAUAGCGAGAUAGGCGGAAAUAUAUAUGUUUCUUAUAUGUGUCAUUUUGUAUCAAGCGGUAGCGUAACAUAGAAGUAUUGACUCUGGAAGAGAGAUUGUAUUGAAAAGUAAACACGUGGCAUUUACACAAAUUACACAAUCACAAAUCAAGGAGCUGGAUUACCUUAAAUUAAAGAAAAUUUACAUUCCAAAGUCUAUCAUAGUCUUUUUGUAUAGAAUGUAUUGAUUCAGUUCAUGGGAAAACGGCCACUGUGCAUCAGAUCAGGUGUUGUAUGAUGGUUCAAUAAAUUAUGACUAUCUCUAUAUUCUGUUUUAAGUAAAACAUGAAAAAAAUACAUAUCUGGACAUACAUCUGCAUUUAUAAAAUGAAACCUGUAGUUUCCUCCCAACUUAGGGGAUUUAAACUCAAGAGUUUAUGAAAAACACCGCCCAAAGUCACCAUCCCCUCCCACUCAUCUCGCAUCACUUGAUCUAUUAUCCCACAUCAAGCUGACACGCCGUGAUAUAACUGGAAUGCUGUUAAGAGCGGCGUUAAAUCAAAGUCUCUAAGUCACUCAUUCACUCAGUUGGAGGCACGGGUGGCCCAGUCGUCUAAGGCGCC